CUCCCCCCGUAGCUCCCCGUAUCUGGCAGCACGGAGCCUAGAAGCGGACUAUCUCCCCAUAUCUCCCCCCGUAGCUCCCCGUAUCUGGCAGCACGGAGGCUAGAAGCGGAAUGCACACCCGCGCCUUCCGGCUAGCGCUCGAGAUCACACGCACUACUAGACUGUACUCCGCCGUACCCCGCUGCAUCCGCUGUCUUCGCGUAGUAGUAGUAGCAGUAGCAGUAGCAGUAGCAGUAGCAGUAGCAGUAGCAGUAGCAGUAGCAGUAGCAGUAGCAGUAGCAGCCCUUGCAUUCACGCGGCGCUCUGAGUACGCGAGUCCGUCUUCUCCCGCCCCGAUGUCCGUGUCUUCACACCGUGUCUUCACACCCUGUCUUCACACCGUGUCUUCACACCGCAGGUCGCCGAGUCGCUCGCGUGCCUGCCGAUCUUCCUCGCCGGCUGCGAGAGCCUGCUGGUCCUCGGGGGGCCCGUGUACACGUCCCGGCUGUGGUGCAUCAUGGAGAUCUUCACCUUUCUGAGCAUCACCACCGACCUCAGCCGCGUGACCAUCGUGCCGCUCAAGGGGGGCGGCCGUCGCUCGGCGGCGGAGCUCGACACUCUGAGCGCAUUCUCUCGCUUCUCGGUGGAGCAGGCAACGUGCACGCUCGACACCGACCGAGAGAACAUCCUCUCAGUCAUCCAGUCGUCGUACGGGACGUACGACGACUUCGACCGUGCGGUGCGCGGGCUCUUUGCAGAACGCCUCGACCCGAACGCAGUGCCGUCGAGGUCGGCGAGCAGCUAUCGGGCGCCGUCGGGGGCGGAUGCGUCGCGGAGAACAGCGAGCGAACUGGGGUGGCCGAUGGUGUAGGCCUAGGCGUGCAGCGCGUGUGUGCCUGGACGAGGUCUGUGUUAGUAUAUUGUGCGUUGUUUCAAAGUAAAAACUGCCAGUGGCC